UCGGAUAACGUUUGAUGGACACUAUCUGAGUUCUGUAUCUUGCUGUAUCGAGUAUUGUUAUCAGUGCUUCUGAUAUGUUCACGAUAAAAUUGAAGGGUUUACCCUGUUUAUCUUACUUUUGUUACGGAUCGCAACGGUAACGAGACAGUGCGGUCAAAAUGAACACAGCCACAUGGCUUCUAUGCUUCGCGGCGGCCGUGGCCAGCAGCUCCGGACUCUCAAUCCAUUUGAGACAAAAUCCGGAGACUCUGUGCCGUGGCCAGGAGAACUUCCUGAGGAUCGCCUGCAUCGAGAGCUGCUUCCAAUAUUACCAGUGCUACUCCGGCAACUCCUACCUGAUGCUAUGUCCACCAGGAACUUGGUUCAAUGAACCAGACCAGGUAUGUGACUGGUCACCUGCACCAGCGCACUGCAUCGAACCAGAACCUGAGCCGGAACCAGAGCCAGAGCCAGAGCCAGAGCCCGAACCGGAACCCGAGCCAGAGCCAGAGCCAGAGCCAGAACCGGAACCCGAGGAAGAACCAGAACAAGUAGAUCCGGAAGAAGAACAAGAAGCUGUACCUUUCCAGGCUGAAGGCUCCGGCGAAGAAUGGACAGAAGACACCGUCAGAAACUACCUGAAAGCUUUCAAAACUUUGAAACAAGAAGAAGAAGUUGUUGUCGAAGAUGGAGUCAUUGAAGGUGAUGAAGAAUUCAAUGGCGAGUACCUUAAAGCCCAAGAAGAAGACCUUGAAGAAUCAGAAGUUGUACUUGAGAAAGCUAAGAAACUGAUGAGACAAGAAGAAGAAGCUGAGGAUGAAGUAGAAGAAGUUAAAAUGCGCCAAGACGAAGAAGAAGCUGUGGCUGAAGAAGUAGAAGUUAUAAAGCGUCAAGAAGAAGAAUUUGAAGAGGAUUCUGAUGAUGAAGUAGAGGAAGCAAAGAAGCGUCAAGAAGACGAAGAAGAUAUUGAGGGUGAAGUAGAAGAAGUUAAGAAGCGUCAAGAAGAAGAAGAAGAAAUUGAGGGUGAAGUAGAAGAAGUUAAGAAGCGUCAAGAAGAAGAAGAAGAAAUUGAGGGUGAAGUAGAAGAAGUUAAGAAACGCCAAGAAGAAGAAGAAGAAGCCGUUGAGGGUCAAGUAGAAGAAGCCAAAAAGCGUCAGGUAGAGGAAAUUGAUGAUGAAGUAGAAGAAGUCAAGAAACGCCAAGAUGAAGAAGAAGAAGAUUGGGAUGAAGUAGAAGAAGUAAAAAAACGCCAAGAAGAAGAAGAAGCUGAGGAUGAAGUAGAAGAAGUCAAGAAGCGCCAGGAAGAGGAAAUUGAAGAUGAAGUAGAAGAAGUGAAGAAACGCCAAGAAGAAGAAGAAGCUGAGGAUGAAGUAGAAGAAGUCAAGAAGCGCCAGGAAGAGGAAAUUGAAGAUGAAGUAGAAGAAGUGAAGAAACGCCAAGAAGAAGAAGAAGCUGAGGAUGAAGUAGAAGAAGUCAAGAAGCGCCAGGAAGAAGAAGAAGCUGAAGGUGAACUAGAAGAACUUAAGAAGCGCCAAGAAGAAGAAGCUGAGGAUGAAAUAGAAGAAGCUAAGAAACGCCAAGAAGAGCUUGAAGACGCUGAAGAAUCUGUAGAUGAAGUGAAACGUGUAAGACGUCAAGCAGAAUUUGAGGAUGAUGAAGAUGACGUAGAAGAAGUCAAGAAACGCCAAGAAGAAGAAGAUGAAGCUGAGGAUGAAGUAGAUGAAGCUAAGAAGCGCCAAGAAGAAGAAGAAGAUGAGGAUGAGGAUGAAGUAGAAGAAACUAAGAAGCGCCAAGAAGAAGAAGAUGAGGAUGAAGAAGAUGAGGAUGAAGCAGAAGAAGCUAAGAAGCGCCAAGAAGAAGAAGAAGAAGAAGAUGAUGAGGAUGAAGCAGAAGAAGCUAAGAAGCGCCAAGAAGAAGAAGAAGAAACUGAGGGUCAAAUAGAAGAAGCUAAGAAACGCCAAGAAGAGCUUGAAGAUGCUGAAGAAGCUGUAGAUGAAGUAAAACGUGUCAGACGUCAAGCAGAAUUUGAGGAUGAUGUCGAUGACGUUGAAGAAGUCAGGAAACGCCAAGAAGAAGAAGAAGCUGAGGAGGAAGUAGAAGAAGCUAAGAAGCGCCAAGAAGAUGAUGAAGAUAAUGACGAUGAAGUUAACGAGGACGCUGAAGGAGAAGAAGACGCAAUGAGGAGUCAAGAAGAAGAAAGUGAGAACGAAAACGAACAGCAACCAGAAGAAGUAGAUGGUGAUGACGAAUCUAUGAGAAGCCAAGAAGAAAAUGAUGAUUCCGGUAGUGAAAAUGACGAUAACGAUGCUGGUAAUGACAAUGACGACAAUAAUGAAUCAGGAGAUGAUGCCGAUGUAGACUCAGAAGCCGAUUUCAGGCGCAGAGUAAAGAAGUUCUUCAGAUACAUGCUCAGAAUUUUAAACUAGAAGAGACUUCAGUAGCAUUGUGAAAUGUUUCCUAGAAGUAACUUUGAAAUUAACUUAGACAAGUAAUUAGUUUUUAAUUUAUUUAAGUUGUAAAAACAUCACUUUGUGCAAUUUUGUAAAUAUUAGCGUUGUUAUUUAAUUAAAUUAUUUAAUGAA